GGGCCAUUUGGGCUGCAAGUGCACGUGAAACUCCGCUUUGGUGCACGAGGACAAAGCUUCAACUAUGGAGGCUGCAGAUAGCAGUUUCCGCUGGCGUGGCGAGUUGGUCCAAGCUACGACGCACCGCAAGGGCGGCACGACCAAGGUGUGUGACCUUCGAUCUGGAUGGCUGUUUGUGGCAUCCGGCUAUGGCCAAACUGCGCGGAGAAGGCCUUGCGCUUCAUGUCUCAUGGCCUGGCGGUGGAGGAGCGCCCUUCCACCGCUGCACUGACAACUCCUUGCGUGAUCGACGGGGGGAGCAUGUUCAGCUUUAUGACGGAGUUUUGCGGGCGCUGGCUGACAUCGUGCCGGUCGGCGGGCGUUGCCAUGGUGCACUGCUCGCUGUGGCAUCCUGCUGCGAGGAGUCUGGAUGGGCAGAUGCCUGCCUGAAGGCCUUCGAGUUCUCAGAUGGGCGAUGUCUCGAUGAUCUCGUUGACUUGAAGUUCUACGGGAGGUGGGAUGAGGGUUUCACAGUCUUGUCCGCCGUGUUCUGUCAUCUUGCCUCGAUGUGCGGAAUGAGUCAAACCCGAGCUGAUUGCUGGGCCUUGCUCGGUGUUCGAAAUUCACCAUGGGCAGACGCAUCCUCCGACGUGUCCCAUGCGUGGCCUCUGAGUCCAGGCGAUUGCAAGAUCGGCCACGGAAGGUUGAGAGAUGUCCUCCGGUUUCUGGUCCGCAACAGGCCAAAGCACUGCUCUGACGCCGCCGAGUUGGGUGCUACGGCGGUGGACAAGUUGGUGCAGUUCUUGCAUCUCAAAGCAGAGCAGCAUCUUUCCGACAAGGCCCAGGCAUUGCUGUGGCGCUGUGCUGCCGAGGGUCGCUCUGUGCAUCCUUUCGGUGUCCUGGCCGCGGCAGAGGUCCGACGUGCUGUUGGCAAGUUCGAGCAAUUGCAGAGGCGCGGUGAAGAGAAGCCCCAAGAGCCAGCAAGUGUGACGGAGUCCAGGCCAUCUGUCAAGCCACGAUCGCGCGAAUCGGAGGAGGCUUCAAACUCGAGAGACGGCCAAAACGCCGGAAAGACCUCGGCACGUCCACAAGUCGUCAAAGAUAUCGCGCUCUACUUGCGCUCUCAGACACCAAAGAGGCGCGGCAGCUCCGAGCAGAUUUUACGGACGGCCGCCAAGCGGCAGUGGGACGUGGCAGGCUAUAGCAACCUGUCGCGGGAUGAGGUGGAGAAGGCCAUAUUCCUCGGUGCGGGCAAGCGCGUGACAAGGCCGGUUGGAAAUGCUUUGGGCGACGCUUCCGCCACCGCGAAGGUCGAGAUUGGGAACGAGGAAAAUCAGCAAUCCAAGGCUAAGGCGGUCGCGCAAAGGCGUGCAAGCCCUUCGAAGUCCAAGGAGAAGGAGAAGAAGGAAGUAAAAGGUGCCUGGGGCCACGUGGUCGAUGCAUUGCGCUCGGAAAGGCCGAGGUCAGCUUGGUGA